AUGAGCGCCUCUACAAAGAGAAAGCGCGAUCAAGUAGAGGAUUCUGUACCAGCCGAAAACUCUACAAGCACCGAGGUCGAAAACUCUACAAAACCUGAGCAAAAACAAGCUGAAGAGACUUCUUUUGUCGAUCUCGGCCUUGAUCCUAGGUUGCUACAGGCUAUCGCCCAACAAAAGUUCGCCAAGCCUACUCUCGUGCAGCGCAAGGCGAUUCCUUUGGCCCUCAACGGACAGGAUGUUCUCGCCAAAGCAGACUGUGGAUCUGGAAAGACCGCCGCAUAUCUUCUUCCUCUGUUGUCGAGCAUUCUGAAGCGCAAAGCUACUGAUACUACUGCCUUCACUACCGCUCUUAUCCUCGUCCCGACCCGCGAGCUGGCAGACCAGGUUUCCAAGGCGAUUGAACAGUUUGCUUCGUUCUGCGCAAAGGAUAUUAGCACCGCAAAGUUAACCGACAAGGUCUCUAGCAAAGUCCAGCGCGCACUUCUCUCCGUCUCCCCCGACAUCGUCAUCUCGACCCCAUCGACUGCCUGGCAAAAUGUCAACUCUUCUGCAAUGUCAAUUGACAGGCUCACUCAUCUUAUUCUUGACGAGGCGGACCUCGUCCUUUCCUACGGUUAUAGCGAGGAUCUUGAGAACUUAUCACGAUCAGUUCCCAAGGGUGUACAGGUUAUGAUGAUGAGCGCUACUCUUUCCGAUGAGGUCAACACACUCAAGGGAAUCUUCCGACGUGACCCUACCCUGUUAGAUUUGAAGGAGAAGGAGGUCGAAGGCGAGGGUAUUACUCAGUUUGUCGCCAAAUGUGGUGAAGACGAGAAGUUCUUGCUUGCCUAUGUAAUCUUCAAGCUGAAGUUGAUCAAGGGCAAGUGCAUUAUUUUUGUGAGCGAUAUCGACCGAUGCUACCGCCUCAAGCUCUUCUUCGAGCAGUUUGGCAUUCGCAGCUGUAUCUUGAACUCAGAGCUGCCCUUGAACUCACGUGUUCAUGUCGUUGAAGAGUUCAAUCGACAUGUUUACGAUAUCAUUAUUGCCGCCGAUGAGAAGAACGAGAUGCUUGGAGACGACGAGGAGCCUGCCGAAGCUGAGGACGACUCCAAGAAGAGCAACGAAGGCGACGACGCAGAGACAGAAGCAAAGCGGCCAAAGAAGAAAGCCAGGAAGUCUAAGGGUGGUGAUAAGGAGUAUGGUGUAUCAAGAGGUGUUGAUUUCAAGAAGGUUUCCGCAGUCAUUAACUUUGAUCUUCCCUCCACAGCAGCAGCCUACACACAUAGAAUAGGACGCACAGCGCGAGCUGGCCAGACUGGUAUGGCUCUGUCAUUUGUGGUUCCUAAGGACCUGUACCGAAAACACAUGCCCACAUCUACCCCGGCUUGUGAGAAUGACGAGAAGAUUAUGGCUAGGAUCAUUAGGCAACAAGCCAAGCGCGAUAAGGAGGUGAAGCCAUACAACUUCAACAUGAAGCAAGUGGAUCCUUUCCGAUACCGUAUGAACGACGCCUUGCGUGCCGUUACCAAGGUUGCUAUUCGAGAAGCCCGAACACGAGAGCUGCGACAAGAACUAUUGAAGAGUGAGAAGCUUAAGCGAUAUUUCGAGGAGAACCCAACUGAACUUUCUCACCUUCGUCAUGACGGUGAACUUCGAACUGCCAGACAACAGGCUCAUUUGAAACACAUCCCCGAGUAUCUCAUGCCAAAGGAUGGCAAGCAGGCCCUGACAGCAGACGUUGGUUUCGUGGCCAUGCGAAAAGACAAAAAGGGCAAGGGUAAAAAGGGUCGAGGAUUCAAAGUCGGCUCAAGGAAGCGAGAUCCCCUCAAGACAUUUAAGGCGAGGCGCAAGACAAAAUAG